AAAGCAGUAGUUUCACAUCUCCUUAAUCAUAAAACUAAACCACUUCUAAUCUCCUCUCUAAACUAAGUAUUAGAAUGGAAAACUCAAAAUCCCCAUCAGAGUCCUUAAACAACUCAUCCAAAAAUAUCCAAGAAAAAAAGCAAGUGGCAAAAACAGAGUCAAAGCCAAUUUCCUCAAAUGAUGGAAAGAAAUUUAUUGGAGUGAGACAAAGGCCAUCAGGCAGAUGGGUUGCUGAAAUCAAAGAAACUUCACAAAAACUGAGGCUCUGGCUUGGUACUUUUGACAAAGCAGAGGAAGCAGCUUUGGCUUAUGAUAGUGCUGCACGUCUUCUUCGUGGAAGAAAUGCGAAAACAAAUUUCAAGAACCAGGGAAUCUUGAAAACCCAUGAAGAGAAUUGCAGUUUGUUGGAAAAAAAUCCGAGAUUAUAUCAACUUCUUAAACAUGCCAUCAUGAAGAAACUUGCAGGGAAAUGUCAAAAUAAUGAAAGUUUAGAAACAGAGGAACCAUUAGUUCAAGAAAGUAUAAAUAAAGAAGAGAUCUGUGGGAUUCAAUUACAGGGAAGUUCAAAGGUAUAUUCUUCAGUGAUUGUAGCUCCUUCUUUCAGUAAUGAAAAAUCGUACCAACUUUAGAUGUCUUAUCGGUUCCUUUUCAUAUAAGUUAGGUAGUAUUAGCUUUUCUCAUCAUAUAUUUGCUUUGUUUCUGUUGAGACCAGUUUGCAUGCUUUACAUAGUUACUUUUUAAUACCAAAGUUUAUUUGAUGUUUUCUUCUUAUG